AUGAUGGUGCUAGGAGAUAUUCCAACGAACAAUACAAGUAUCAUCAAUGGGACUUCUACAGACUUUGAUUUAUGGCUUCGAAUGGCCACUGACAAUAAGAUCAAUGCGAAGAAUUCAUGGAAUUUUGCAUUGAUCGACUACUUUCAAGAUUUGACAUUGUUGAGAGACGGAGAAGGAAUUAACUUCCAAAGAGCGUCUGUAACGUUAGAUGGAUGUGUAAAGAUUUAUUCCUCCAGAGUAGACUCUGCAGCAACAGAAACCGGAAAGCUUCUUAGUGGACUAUCUGCUCAUCAACAGAGCCAAGUAGAGAAGGUAAACGCAGUACAAGAAGGUGAUGCAGACAGAGAAGUUGAUGACGAGGACUACGAUUCUGAUGACCCUGAAUAUGGUAAAACUAAGAAGAAGAACAAAAAAGUAUCAUUUUCCAAGAAUGUCCAAAGUGAAAGCACAUCAUUAAUGUCGUUUAAAUCCCUACGAGCGAAGAAGGUUGACUAUGAAUUGGCUGUUGAUCCUGUCUUUAGAAGAGCAUUGGCAGAUUUUGACGAAGGGGGUGCUAAAAGCUUAUUGCUAAAUAUGUUGAAUGUAGACUCAGAAGGUAGAGUCAUGUUCGACAGUGAAAGACAACUGGCUCCUGGUGAAGCCAAGAUGUCCACUGAUUUACACACGGAAGCAAACAAAUCAGUAGAUAUUGACAUAUACGCCCUAGGCAGACAAUAUAUUCCUGAUGACUUAUCCAAGUAUCUGGUCUGUCCUUCUAUGGCAGAAGUUCAACAUCUUUCUAAAAAUUUAAUAAAGUCUACCUUACUUGACAAUCUCAGAACCAAUUAUGAAGAUCAUGAUGAUGAUAUCAUUGACAAUGAUAAGAACGAUCUUUAUGCAAAUGGAUCAAUAUUUUAUGAUGAUAAUGAAGACAUGGACGAAUAUCCAGAAAUAUCCCUAAACAUACCUAUGCAGAGACUUUUUAAUGAUAGCUACAUAGCAGCAGAAAGCGAAAGUCAUGAUCCUGUUGAAAUGGCAACUGAAGUACUUGAUUACGAUUUAAUGGCCUACUUCGAUAAUCACAUGCAACAAUUUUGGCAACCUAAGAAGCAAAAGCAUGUACUGGAACACUGGAAAGUAACUAGACUUAAGUCAAAAAAUCAGUAUCGAGUGCAUACGACUCAUAAACAUGACAAUAAAAUAGUUGUGGACGAAGAAGGUCAUAAUAUCAUAGAUUUUAUAAACGGCACAAAUGAAAUUGAUGAAGACGAAUUAUUUGCAGAGUCAAGUACAACAACUUUUUUGCCAAAACAUAAGUGGAGCUCUCAAAGGAGUAGUUCUGAUGCCUCAGCGAGACACACAUUGCCAAAUGAUAUUCAAUUUGUGUCAAAAAGGCUCAUAUCCCUAUUUAUUAAACCUGAAGCUACUUUGCAGACUUUCAACAAGAAAAGGAAAGUUUUUCCGUUCAGAAAGGAGGGAAGCACUUUACUGUCAUUAACAGAACGAGCAGAUGAAGAAUUUUGGUCGGAGAAGUAUCGAGAGGACGUUCGCUUGAAUGAAAUACUUAAAGAAGACUUGCAUGAAUUACAUCAGUCAUAUGAUCAAUCGUUCUUUCAAGAUGAAGAAUUCGAUGAUGGUAAUUGUAGUCCUGAUCUUCAUGAAGAUGUAAACCCGAUGGGUGACAAUAUAGACAACAUUGGUGGAUAUGGCUCCCAGCUAGUUACAGCAAGGAAUUUGUUUAAGCCCACAUAUAUAAAUUUUUCAAAGGUAGCCAAGAGAGUUGACGUCAAAUUGUUGAAAGAGAAUCUUUGGGAAUGCUUGAACAAUGAGAAGGCAUCGAUUCAGGGAGAUAAGUAUGAAAAUGAGCUGUCAGUUGAGGAGGCAACCAAGGAAGAUUGUCUAGUUUCAGUAGAUCACACAAUCCAACAAAAUUUCAGUGAGACAAUUGGUCUUUUAAACUCAAAAUAUACCUCAGAUCAGUUGAGUAAUCUAUCCACUAGCUUUUGUUUUAUAUGCGUGUUGCAUUUGGCGAAUGAACACGGACUAGAGCUCAUUAAUAACUCAGACUUUACUGAUUUAUGCAUUCAACGUACUACCAGUACGUAG